AUUCGCACCAUUUCGUUCAAAUUGUUUUUUCUUCACUUUUUAUUACUUUUACCAUACCUUAGUGCUUAUCACACACACACACACACACACUCUCUCUCUCUCUCUCUCUCUCUCUCCCUCUCUUUAUAUUUCCCUUUCCUUUUCUCUCAAUGAUGUCUGAGCUAGCUCCUCCGAAUAAGACCCCGCCGAAUCAAAUAGGCAACAGCAAGACAGGCGGUACUUUCCAAACGCCCCAGAAAAUUCAAAAAAGGGAGGAACUGCCACCCGGGGAAUCAGAGCCCCCCGAAGUACGCGAUAAGCGCCGUCAGCGGCUGCUGAAAUGCCUUGGCGAUAACAUUAAGAAAGUCGAUCUGUUCGAUAAGUUUGUCAAAUCGUUGGGUGUGGAAGAGCAGUAUAAUCAGUUCAUCAAGGAUUGGCCUGAUCUUUUCCUCGACAUAGCCAGAGGGUCGCCAGUGGCUGAUAGCAAGGGCAUCGUAGCCAAUACAGAUCGCCCGAUUGAGGAGCUCGGCGAUUUCCCCAUUGCUGAUGUGUUCAAAAGCAACUCGGGGAAAUUUAUCGGGUUGGCUAAGGAAGCUCGCUUGGUCAAAUAUUUUAUCCUCCUCUUCGACGCAAUGGUCAAUGCGGUUGAUGUCGCAAAUGGGGUUAUUCCGACAGGCGGAACUCCAAUCCCAGACUGCAGGCUUAAUCUGAGUGACCAUCAGAAUAGGGUUAUACCAAAGACUCCGCACAAGCCAGACAUCGCGUUUUACCACAGAGACUACGCAGAGGAGAACGCUCAUUCCAUCCAUGCUAUACUCGAAGCUAAGAUGGAUCCAGAUUUUGGUGGACCUAUAGAGGAUACUCGCGGCCAGCUCGCAGAUUACGGCCAUUUGCUUAAUGAUCAGCAGGCAACCCGCACGUUUGCGCCUGUCUUCUACCUCCAUGGGCACCUCCUGACGCUUCACGCAUAUUAUCGUGACAAACUGUAUGUCGUUGAGCUUGGGCGGCUAUGCUUUGAUACUGAUCGUUGGACGCCUAAACUAGCAAAAGAAAUUCAGACAUGCCUCAUGCGGUUCUGGUUCCUACUGACCCUUGAGUCAACCAUUUUCGGACAUUUCUGCGAUGUCUCGAAGAAACCUAACUCUUUCAUUUUUUCGCACAAGGGCAAAGCCGAUAACAAUGACAAUGACAAAGGCAAGGGCAAGGGCAAGAGGAAUGGCAGUUUGAAGAUCGAAGUCUUAUACUCGGUUUCCAUGGGUGAUGAGGAUGACGAGGAUGUCAUGGAUGGUGAGGAUGGUGAGGAUGUCAAGGAUGGCACUGUUCUGUUUUGUAUCGAGGGGACAAUAACGCGUUAUUCAUACAUGAUUGGGCGCCAUGUCCAUUUACUCAAGGGGACUUGCAAAGGUCGUGAUACUGUGCUGAAGCUUUCCUGGACCCAAGUCAAUCGUUUGCCCGAGGGUGCCGCAUACGCCAUCCUCAGCAAGAGACCAGUCGAAGGUAUUCCCAAGAUCUUUUCGAAGGGCCUGCUCAUCAGCAACCUCAAUGGAUACCGGCUGGAGUUCGUGCUCAUGGAGUACUGCGGCCAGUCAAUGGCCGAGUAUCUGAAAGUCAAGACUGACAAUCAGAAGGCUGAGCUGGUUCCUGGCUUUGUCAAGCAGCUGACCCUGUGUCUUGCCCAGGCAAAUGACACUGGUGUCCUGCACAGGGAUAUCUCGGCAGGAAAUGUGUGCGUCAAAAACGACAAGGUGUAUGUCAUUGACUGGGGCUGUGCCAAGGUCAUUGGCUGGGGCACUGCUGAGGAUGCUGCCAGGGACACUGGCCCAACUCAACUUAAACAUAUUGAGGUUGCCGAACAGUGGGGAUUCAAUGCAACAACAGUGGGACAAGUGGAGGUGGCCAAGGACCCAUUUACAGGGACGCCGCUUUUCAUGGGUAUUCCCAUGCUCAGCAGCAGCCCCAUCCGGGGAAUCCUCGACGACCUGGAGAGUGUUCUCUAUGUCGUUAUGGACGCAGUACGCUCAGCUAAUACUAAGAGGGAUGAUGUUCAGGGGUUCAAGUUCCUGGACAGCCAAAGCCUGGCUUUGAGUCGGUACAGCAUCAUGAUGGUUAAGGAAAAGUAUCUGGAAUUGUUUGGGAUAGGAAAUCCAGGGAAGAUAUUCAGGAACCUAUUCCACUCAAUGCGCCGGUUCUUAUUUGAACCGGGAAACCAGUACAUUAGCCACCAGCUCUGGUGGGACAGUAAAUUUGUCCGGCAGGCCAACUGGGAUGCUGCUCCUGAGUUUAUGCAUCCCAAGGCGGUUGAGCUCCUCAAAGAGGAUAAUGGCCAGUUUAAGCGACCAGCUGAGGACGAGAUCAAUGCUGGGUCAUUCAAGAAGCUAGCACUUUAGCUUUUUUUGUUUUUAAUAAAUCUUUUUACGACCCA